AUAUAAUCUCAAUCUCACGAUAGUUUACCAUAUAUUCAUAUAUUCCCUUUCCAGCUAAGUGGUCCAAUUAUCCAUUCUACGCUGUACUUCACAUCCACCGAGGUGCGGAGACAAAACUGUCCAUUUCAACCUUUAAUCUCAUUGGUUUUUCCAACAUCCAAAAUCUACAAUAAAUGAAUCCUGAGCUACCUUCCUCAAGCCUGGAUACCCUCGAAACUCUCACAAUUGACGGCAAAUCUACAGAAAUAUCAUCACAUCAGCCUUCAACGACUCCAAUGGAAUAUCCCUCAACAUCCCACGUUACUCCACAUACGAUCCCCGUAGACGUUACAAAACGGGGUCCCACCACAAUUGAAGAUCUUCCAAAUGAAUUGCUAGCCAAUAUCCUCAGCCAUUUGGAUUCAGAAGCUCCGUCACAUUCCCAUACGAUACUUCAUGAUGAACCAACCUUGAAUGUAACCACAUCCGAAGUUCGAGACCUCAAGAAUUGUUCUGUGAUCUCGAAACGAUGGAGACAACCAACCUUACCCUUGCUGUUCAAAUACACACGAUAUAUCUUGAAGUAUUCAGAAGAUGAUUCUAGACCAAUUCUCAAUGAUCUUACAGGACCCUUCCUUCAAUUCCUUCAUACUCAAUCUCUCGCCAGCAUUGUCACAAGCUUUACACUGGUGGUUCGGGAGGAGAAGAUAUCGAAUUGCUUGGAUGGAAUACCUCGGUGCCGCGAAUUCGAUAGUUUUUGGCAACGACUCUUUCAUAUAAUUGAUCCCUCAACUAUUUUGAUUGCUGCACCUGCCGCCGCUCUCGCUUCCCUGACUUCGGCCGUCAUAAGUGUAAUGGAGGCAUGGCUCUUUGGAAUCGAAUGUCACUAUUUACGAUUGGAAAGACCCGCAUCCAAAGAAGCCAUUGUCACGGAGAUUACAGAGAGGGAUGGUCCAACAGAAUUGCCACAAAGACUAGCAGAAAUAUCUGCUCCAUCGUCUAGAAUAUCGCCUCUUGCAGUUCCCUUUUUUGAUGAGCGAUUACACUAUACCUUGGCCACUACUACUUUACCACGAACUUAUGCCAAGUCUUCUGAGAUCUUCCAAAUUAGACCAUGGACAUCUUUGCUUCUUAAUGAAGGGUCUAAUUUAAAGGCCUACAAAUCAUCCUUGUGGUGGGAAUUGGAUACCCCUUCUGUAAGUAAAUUAUACGCUCAAUUUGAUGGUAGUUAUCUGAUUAUUUAAAGAUACUAGGCAAUCUUGUUGGAAUAAAUGAUGCCAUACCUCUGAUCAACUCUAAUAUUCGAUCCAUGAGAUAUAUCGCUAUCUUUCCAAUAGCAACAAAUCACUUCGAAUAUCUUGCCCAGAAAUUACCAAGGUUGGAUCAUUUAUAUGUUCAAUUGGUACCGCGUAACGAUAUUCUAGAAGACGAAGAAUUAAAAAACAAGAUUGAUUUUGACGAUCUUUGGAUGGAGAGAAAUAACUGUUAUGCUCAAUUAAUGCGAGAAAUGUUCAACGAUCCACCAGAGGCAAAUUACAGAUAUCUCAAAACUUUUGAGUCAGGAGAUGCUGCUGAUACAGAUGCUUGGCAAAUGGCAGUAGAAUUCGUAAAACGUGCUGGAGGAGCAUGGAAGAUAACAGGUGAUGGGAUAUUUGAAAAAGAUAUUGCAGCUGAAGAUAGCUCAUCUAAUGCUUCGCACCCUUCACCACCAUUGUCAGUUACUUGAGGGAGUCUGAGAAGAAAAGCUGAUGAGUAUUAGUCCAAGACAAUUAUAUCGUUGGGCAUGGAAUGGGACAGCCAAGCUACCAAUUUCACCCGUGGCAUGGUAUCAAUGAAUCAAUGUCAGGAACUGCAUACACUGAGAAUGAAAGGCUUGGUGGAGGUUCAACAAAAGAUAAUAACUUGAAUAAAUUAAUACGAUAGAUCUGCAUAGAGGGUAAAUUGUCAUUGUCA